AUGGAAAUCAGGCUGUUUGGGUUGCUUGUACUUGUGCUUCUUGUGGUUGUGGCUAGUGUUGUCGUUGAAGGAGGAGACGUAAGUUACGAUGGCAGAUCAUUGAUCAUUCAAGGACAGCGAAAGCUUCUAUUUUCUGGUUCUAUACACUAUCCUCGAAGCACUCCUGAGAUGUGGCCAUCAGUAAUAGCCAAAGCUAAAGAGGGAGGAAUAGAUGUGAUACAAACCUACGUGUUUUGGAAUCUUCAUGAGCCGAUACAAGGCCAGUACGAUUUCAGUGGGAGAGCUGAUCUAGUUGGGUUCAUUAAGGAAAUCCAAGCACAAGGCCUAUAUGCAAGUCUCCGCGUUGGGCCCUUCAUUGAGGGUGAAUGGAAUUACGGUGGAUUACCUUUCUGGUUGCAUGACGUCCCAGGCAUUGUUUACCGAUGUGACAAUGAACCAUUCAAGCUGUAUAUGCAGAAUUUCACCACAAAAAUAGUAGACAUGAUGAUAUCAGAAAACUUGUAUGCUUCACAAGGGGGACCAAUCAUUCUAUCACAGAUUGAGAAUGAGUACCAAUUAGUGGAAGAUGCAUUUCACGAGAAAGGACCUCCAUACGUGAAAUGGGCAGCACAAAUGGCCGUAGGACUUCAAACUGGGGUCCCCUGGAUGAUGUGCAAACAAGACGAUGCUCCUGAUCCCGUGAUCAACACUUGCAAUGGGAUGAAAUGCGGGGAGUCAUUUCCAGGUCCCAAUUCACCUAACAAGCCUUGGAUUUGGACAGAAAAUUGGACAUCUCGAUAUCAAGCAUAUGGUAAGGAACAAGACACAAGAUCUCCCCAAGACAUUGCAUUCCAAGUCGCUCUGUUUGUUGCAAGGAAUGGGACUUUCGUAAAUUAUUACAUGUAUCAAGGUGGAACUAAUUUUGGGAGAACAGCCUCUGCAUUCUCAACAACAAACUACUAUGACGAUGCACCUCUUGACGAGUAUGGUUUCAUUAGGCAGCCGAAAUGGGGCCAUUUGAAGGAGUUGCAUGCCGCAAUUAAGUCAUGUUCAUAUCCCAUUUUAUUUGGAACACAAUCUAUGCUAUAUCUUGGUGAACGACAAAUGGGCUACAUAUAUCAACGAAAUUCGGGAGAAUGUGCUGCCUUUCUAGUGAACAAGGACGAUAUAAAAACUGUUGUUGUGCUCUUUCAGAAUUCUUCAUAUGAAUUGACUUCAAAUUCAGUUAGCAUUUUACCUGAUUGCAAGAACGUGGCCUUCAACACUGCCAAGGUAAGUGUUCAGAACAACACGAGAUUGAUAACAACAGGCAAGAAGUUCAAUGAUUUCGAAAUGUGGGAAGAAUUCAGGGACAUUAUUCCUACCUUGGCAGAGACAUCACUAAGAUCCGAUAAGUUGUUAGAGCACAUGAAUACAACAAAAGACAUGUCGGAUUAUCUUUGGUACACUUUCAGCUAUCAACACGAAUCAUCGAAUAGUGAAGCAGUGCUGAAGUUGAACUCGGCUGGGCAUGUUUUGCAUGCAUUUGUCAAUGGUGUUUUAGUUGGAUCUGCCCAUGGAAAUCAUAAGAACUCACGUUUCACGCUAGAGAAUACAAUUCCAUUAAACAAAGGCAGCAACAACAUAUCCCUCCUUAGUGUAAUGGUUGGUUUACCGGAUUCUGGAGCAUAUUUGGAAAGUAAGGUUGCCGGGCUAAGAAGGGUAACGAUUCAUGAUGUACAAAGUGUGAAGGAUUUGACCAACUAUUCGGGGGGAUACCAGGUUGGACUGUUAGGAGAAAAAUUACAAAUUUAUAUGGAGCAAACCUCAAGCAAAGUUCAAUGGAGAAAUUUUACUUCUUCUCGCAAUGACCUUACAUGGUACAAGACUACAUUUGAUGCACCAGCAGGAGAUGAUUCGCUUGGACUAAAUCUUGGGUCCAUGGGGAAAGGUGAAGUAUGGGUUAAUGGCCAAAGCAUAGGUAGAUAUUGGGUUUCAUUUCUUACACCACAAGGAACACCUUAUCAAACUUGGUACCAUGUACCUCGGUCAUUCCUCAAACCUAUAGACAACUUGCUAGUUGUUCUUGAAGAAGAAAAUGGGUUGCCUCUUGGAAUAUCCUUAGACAUUAUUUCAACCACUUGA